AUGGUGCUCCCAAUGGCUGGUGUUGAUAUCAUUGAUAUCCGUCGCAGUAACUUCAAUCACUCGCUGGCUAAAGAGGUCUUAGACGGCCUCAGGGCCAAGGAUGGCUCACAGAGAUCUUUGCCGACCUUGCUUUUGUAUGAUACUGAGGGAUUACGUCUGUUUGAGGAAAUCACAUAUCUGGAUGAAUACUACUUGACAAACGCCGAAAUCGAGGUUCUAACCUCGCAUGCGGCGGGCAUUGUUGAACGAGUUCCCGAAAAUGCACAAUUGGUGGAGUUAGGCAGCGGGAAUCUUCGAAAAAUCGAGAUAUUAUUGAAAGAGUUUGAGCGGGUGAGGAAGUCUGUGGAAUAUUUGGCUUUGGACGUCUCUCUGGAAGAAUUGCACCGCACCUUUGCAGAAAUCCCAUCCAAAAGUUACAAAUACGUGAAAUGCGGAGGGCUUCUGGGUACAUAUGAUGACGCCCUCGCCUGGCUUAAGCGGUCCGAGAACAGGCGCAAACCGACAUGGGUAAUGUCGAUGGGCUCUUCCAUGGGCAAUUUUACCCGAACUGAAGCGGCGCAAUUUUUGGGUGGCUUUGCAAAAACGUUAGGGCCGGACGAUGCAUUAUUUAUCGGGCUUGAUUCGUGUAAGGAUCCCCAGAAGGUCUUCCGCGCCUAUAACGAUAGCAAGAAUGUGACCCGGGAAUUCUAUCUCAAUGGACUCGUAAACGCAAAUUCAAUCCUCGGCUUUGAGGCGUUCAGACGUAUGGAUUGGGAUGUGGUUGGAGAAUACGACGAGGAAAAUGGGUGCCAUAAAGCGUACUACUCCCCGUUGAAGGAUGUCACCAUUCAGGAUCUAUCUAUCCAAAAAGGCGAGAAGAUCUUCUUCGAACAGGCUUUUAAAUAUUCAAAGCAAGAGUAUGAGGCUCUAUGGCAGCAGUCGGGUCUAAAACCCAUUGCCCGGUUCAGCAACACGACAGGUGACCAUCAUAUUCACCUCCUCUCAUCUUCGCCAUACAUCGUCCCUACCCAACCAGCGGAAUAUGCACCAUCUGCGACUCCAUCUCUCAAAGAGUUCGAAGCUCUGUGGAAAUUGUGGGACACUGUCACAACGGAGAUGCUUCCCCGGAAUGAGCUGCUGUCCAAGCCAAUUAAGUUGCGCAACUCCUUGAUAUUCUAUCUUGGACACAUUCCCGCGUUUUUAGAUAUACAAAUUGCUAAAGCUACUACGGGCCAACCCACGGAACCCAAAUCAUAUCAUUCUACUUUCGAACGUGGGAUUGAUCCGGAUGUGGAUGAUCCAACAAAAUGCCAUGAUCACAGCGAAAUCCCAGCGGAGUGGCCCCCUGUGGAGGAAAUCCUCCGUUAUCAGACGGCUGUGCGAAAUCGGGCUCGUUUGUUACUGCAAAAAUCGCAAAGCGUGCUGGAUAGACGAAUCCAUGAGGCCUUAUGGAUUGGAUUUGAACACGAAGCAAUGCAUUUAGAAACCUUUCUAUAUAUGUUGCUGCAAAGCGACAAGGUUCUUCCACCACCAGAGAUCAUGCAGCCUGAUUUUGAAUAUUUGGCCAUUAGAUCCGCUCAAGAGUCUGUCCCGAACGAAUGGUUUACAGUGCCCGAACAGACGAUCUCGAUUGGGCUCGAUGAUCCCGGUUCGGCUCAGAUUCCAACUCAGUCGUUCAGCUGGGAUAAUGAACAACCACGCCGCUCAGCCAAGGUCCAUUCCUUUGAAGCAAAAGGCAGACCAAUCACGAAUGGGGAGUAUGCUAAAUAUCUAGAAGCAAAUGAACCCAGAGCUAUUCCAGCAUCUUGGACGAAAUCGCCAAAAUCAUUUUCGAAAUCCAACGGCCUUGUGAAUGGGAACACGAAUGGAGCCAAUGGCCAUGGAAUAAAUGGGGCUAGUACUGCUCCCCAAUUUCUUGAGAAAUAUUGCGUCCGGACCGUUUUUGGGCCUGUGCCUCUGCGAUUUGCUGCUGAUUGGCCUGUUAUUGCAUCUUAUAACGAACUCGAAGGAUAUGCAAACUGGGCCAAUUGCAGAAUACCCACGUUUGAAGAAGCUCGAAGUCUAUAUCAGUACUCAGCAUUCCUUAAGAGCUCGGCGGACUCUAGUGUGUGCGCUGCAGUGAAUGGGAAUAGUAAUACUGUGAAAAAGGCACACGGAAAUUCCAACGGCUUUGUUCAUCAACAGAAUGGCAAACCUAGAGCACCAGACCAUCAACCGGUUUCACUUGCUUCUGCAAGCCAGGUGCCAGUGUAUAUUGAUCUCGACGGGUAUAACGUCGGGUUCAAGCACUGGCACCCAAGUCCUGUCACUCAGAACGGGAAUAAGCUUUCCGGACAGGGCGACAUGGGCGGAGUGUGGGAAUGGACAAGUUCGGCAUUGCAGCCUCAUGAAGGAUUUAAAGCCAUGGAUUUGUAUCCGGCAUACACGGCCGACUUCUUUGAUGGGAAACAUAACAUAGUUCUUGGAGGGUCAUGGGCUACCCAUCCUCGUAUCGCGGGUCGGACGACAUUUGUCAAUUGGUACCAGCGAAAUUAUCCUUUUGCCUGGGCCGGCGCUCGUCUGGUCCGCGACGUCUAA